GCUGCGCCCGGGCGGGUGCGCCCAUCCCCGGGCCGGGAGAAAAGACACCUGCAGAAAGUGCCGCUGGGAACCUCCCUCCGCCCGAGCCAACCGCGAUGGCACAACUUGGUUUCGGGUUUGCACAACCGCGUUGGCUCCAGGAGCGGGGAGACAGGGGGGCUGCCAGUCAAGCAAGAUGAGGCGCUUCCUGAGGUCGGGACAUGACCCUACGCGGGAGCGGCUCAAGCGUGACCUCUUCCAGUUCAACAAGACGGUGGAGCAUGGCUUCCCACACCAGCCCAGCGCCCUUGGCUACAGCCCUUCCCUUCGAAUCCUGGCCAUUGGCACCCGCUCUGGAGCCGUCAAGCUCUACGGUGCCCCAGGGGUGGAGUUCAUGGGGCUGCACCGGGAGAACAAUGCUGUCAUGCAGAUCCACUUCCUGCCUGGCCAGUGCCAGCUGAUCACCCUGCUGGAUGACAACAGCUUGCACCUGUGGAGCCUGAAGGUCAAAGGUGGGGUGUCAGAGCUGCACGAAGAUGAGUGCUUCACACUACGGGGACCCCCUGGGGCUGCCCCCAGCGCCACGCAGAUCACCGUGGUCCUGCCUCAUUCCUCCCGAGAGCUGCUCUACCUGGGCACCGAGAGUGGCAACGUGUUUGUGGUGCAGCUGCCAGCCUUCCACACACUGGAGGACCAAACCAUCAGCUCAGAGGCUGUGCUGCAGCGGUUGCCAGAAGAGGCCCGCCACCGACGAGUAUUCGAGAUGGUGGAGGCUCUGCAGGAACACCCCCGGGACCCCAGUCAGAUCCUUAUCGGCUAUAGCCGGGGUCUCAUUGUCAUCUGGGACCUGCAGGACAGACGUGUGCUCUGCCAUGUGCUCAGCAGUCAGCAACUGGAGAACGCCAGCUGGCAGCGUGACGGCCGCCUGAUUGUCAGCUGCCAUUCCGACGGCAGCUAUUGCCAGUGGCCUGUGUCUGCAGACUCCCAGCAACCAGAGCCCCUGCGCAGCUGUGUGCCUUACGGUCCUUUCCCUUGUAAAGCUAUCACCAAAGUGUUCUGGCUGACUACUAAGCAGGGGUUGCCCUUCACCGUCUUCCAGGGUGGCAUGCCGCGGGCCAGCUAUGGGGACCGCCACUGCAUCUCAGUGGUCCACAAUGGCCAGCAGACAGCCUUCGACUUCACAUCCCGAGUUAUCGACUUCACUGUCCUCAUCGAGGCAGACCCUGCAGCUGCCUUCGAUGAGCCCUACGCUCUGGUGGUGCUGGCCGAGGAGGAGCUGGUGGUGAUUGACCUGAAAGCGGCUGGGUGGCCAUCGGUCCAGCCCCCCUACCUGGCCUCUCUACACUGCUCAGCCAUCACCUGCUCCCACCAUGUCUCCAACAUCCCCCUGAAGCUGUGGGAACGGGUCAUCACUGCUGGCAGCCGGCAGAACACACACUUCUCCACCAUGGAGUGGCCCAUCGAUGGCGGCACCAGCCUAGCCCCGGCCCCACCUCAGCGGGACCUGCUGCUCACAGGGCACGAAGAUGGCACAGUGCGCUUCUGGGACGCCUCAGGCGUCUGCCUGAGACUGCUCUACAGGCUCGGCACCGCACAGGUGUUCGAUACCGACACGGACCCCAACGACAACCUCAACCCCCAGGGCGAGGAAGACUGGCCCCCCCUCCGCAAAGUGGGCUCCUUUGACCCCUACAGUGACGACCCACGGCUGGGCAUCCAGAAGAUUUUCCUCUGCAAAUAUAGCGGCUACCUGGCUGUGGCUGGCACGGCGGGACAGGUGUUGGUGCUGGAGCUGAACGACGAGGCGGCAGAGCAGGCCGUGGAACAGGUGGAGGCCGACCUGCUGCAGGACCAGGAGGGCUACCGCUGGAAGGGGCACGAGCGCCUGUGUGCCCGCUCGGGGCCUGUGCAUUUCGAGCCUGGCUUCCAGCCUUUUGUGCUGGUGCAGUGUCAGCCUCCAGCUGUGGUCACCUCUUUGGCCCUGCACUCCGAGUGGCGGCUCGUGGCCUUCGGCACCAGCCAUGGCUUCGGCCUCUUUGACCACCAGCAACGGCGGCAAGUCUUUGUCAAGUGCACACUGCACCCCAGUGACCAGCUAGCCCUGGAGGGCCCACUGUCCCGUGUGAAGUCCCUAAAGAAGUCCCUGCGCCAGUCCUUCCGCCGGAUACGUCGCAGCCGGGUGUCCAACCGGAAGCGGCGGCCAGCUGGCCUCAUGGGAGAGGCACCCGAGAGCAGCACCAGAGCAGAGCGGGCUGGCCUGCAGAACAUGGAAUUGGCACCUGUGCAGCGCAAGAUCGAGGCCCGCUCAGCAGAAGACUCCUUCACAGGCUUUGUUCGGACUCUCUACUUCGCUGACACCUACCUGAGAGACAGCUCCCGCCACUGCCCCUCACUGUGGGCCGGCACCAAUGGCGGUACCGUUUACGCCUUUUCCUUGCGUGUGCCCCCUGCCGACCGAAGGAUGGAUGAGCCAGUGCGGGCAGAGCAAGUCAAGGAGAUCCAGCUGAUGCACCGUGCACCUGUGGUGGGCAUCCUGGUGCUCGAUGGGCACAGUGUGCCCCUACCUGAACCCCUGGAAGUGGCACACGACUUGUCGAAGAGCCCAGACAUGCAGGGAAGCCACCAGCUGCUUGUUGUGUCCGAGGAGCAAUUCAAGGUGUUCACGCUGCCCAAGGUGAGCGCCAAGCUGAAGCUGAAGCUGACUGCCCUGGAGGGCUCUCGCGUGCGGCGGGUCAGCGUGGCCCACUUCAGCAGCUGCCGAGCAGAGGACUAUGGGGAGCACCACCUGGCUGUCCUAACCAACCUGGGGGACGUCCAAGUGGUGUCGCUGCCCCUGCUCAAGCCCCAGGUGCGAUACAGUUGCAUCCGCCGGGAGGACGUCAGCGGUAUCGCCUCCUGCGUCUUCACUAAGUAUGGCCAAGGAUUCUACCUAAUCUCACCCUCGGAGUUUGAACGCUUCUCUCUCUCUACCAAAUGGCUCAUUGAGCCCCGCUGUCUGGUGGAUCCAGCAGAAACCAAGAAUCACAGUCAACCCCGUAACAGCUCAGGCACCAAAAGGGCCUCGGGCCAAGCCAGGAACUCAGGGAGUCAGAGUGAUGGAGAAGAGAGGAGGCCUGGCCUGGUGAUGGAGCACGCUCUGCUCAAUGAUGAGAGGGUCCUGAAGGAGAUCCAGAGCACGCUGGAGGGAGACCAUGGGAGCUAUGGUGACCGGCGUUCUCAGAGAUCGACUGCGGGUUACAGCCUCAGCAAUGGAGGAGGAUGCUCCUGACCUGCUCUCGAUCUCCUUCCACAGCAGAAUGAGCAAGAUGUGGUCCCAAUAGACACACACUACUGAGGGCUGUCCCUCUGGUGCCGCCCCACCGGAGGGCCUGAGCCUCCCUGAAGAGCCGGUACACUGAGGCGUGCCAGAGGCCAGGGCCUCUCUGGUCUCCACCCUGCUGCUGCUCCCGGCCUCGGGAGAGGAGGGCCUCUCUCCACGGGCCUUGUCUGUCUCAGUCCUCGUGUCAAUGUUGCACAGUUUUUAUUCCCCAUCCCUCCUUUUUGUAGUGGGCUGGGUUUUAAAUUAUAAAUUUUAACUGCCUCUGGGUGAAAGAGUUUUUAAUAAACACCUUAUUACCUCUUCA